AUAACAUUUACUUGAAAAGAACAUUUAGUAACUAUCAUACAGUAAUAGUUACUGUAUUAGCAAUUAAUCUUAUAGUUAACUUAGUCAUACAAUAAUAACAUACGAAACAAUUAUGUUAAUUUUUGGCCAAUUAGUCCAAAUUGUUUUAUUAGUAUUAAUAUCAGUAAAUAUUUUGCUAAUCAAAACUAGUACUGAUCUCUGCGAUGAUACUACUAUUACUAAUAGUAAUCCGACUACUUCUACCCCUAUCCCUACUACUAGUAGUAGACCUAUAUUGGGAUCGCUAUACAAUAUAACACGUGGUAUUAGUUUUCCCGUAUCAUUGAAGACCAACAACACUGAUAAACAUUUUUGCGGCGGAUCUAUAAUAAGUCCCCAUUGGAUACUAACAGCAGCCAGUUGUGUAUAUAAUCGUACAGUUUCUAGUUUUUACAUUAAUAUUCUCGGAGAGCGCUAUCCGGUCAACCAAACCGUUAUACACGACCAAUACUCGGCCGCGGCUCACGAAAACAAUAUAGCAUUGGUUAGGGUUGACAGAUAUAUUUCGGACAACAGCUUUAACGAAAUGAUAGCAAUUGCCGACCAACCGCCUGCUAACUGGUCACCAGCUUAUCUGCACGGUUGGGGACACGGAAAAUACAGUUGGGGUAUGAAUACAUAUAAUGCCCGGACAAUCGAUUUGCAACAGUGCACUGGUAUGAUGUUGUCGUCGAUAUCGGUCAACAAUACCAACAACAACAACACAAAUGCAACAACAAAUACACCGAUCAUUAAUAGUAACAAAGUUUGUUUGGUAACCCUUAAAGGAGAGGGUGUCUGUAAUGAUGAUGUAGGUGGUGCAGUGACAAUAGAUAAACAAAACCAAGGUCAAUUAGAUCAUAGUAGAGAAAAAAUACUAAUCGGUAUCAUAUCGGUAGACAUGGCCUGCGGUAUCGAUGGUCGACCCCAAGUUGUUACCAGUAUUUAUCCAUAUAUUCAAUGGAUUAACAAUAAAACAAAUAUACAUGCGAUUAGUAAUAAUAAUAAUAAUAAUAACAACAAUACUAAUAAUGUUGACAAUCGGCCGGUUAUUUGUUUAACAAAAUUAUCCCGAUAUCAUAGUGGCCAUACCGCGGCAUUGAAAGAUGAAUUUAAUGACCACUUAUGCGGCGGUACUAUCAUUGGGGCAAAUUGGAUACUAACGGCUGCCAGUUGUGUAUAUAAUCGUUCCUUAUCAAAAAUUUAUGUUGGUGUCGGUAGACAAAAUUUCCGAUAUAAUGAUACAUACUAUGGUGUCGACCAAAUCAUUAUCAACGACCAGUACUCGCCAGUGACUAAACAACAUAAUAUAGCACUGGUUAGGGUCGAGCCCUACAUAAGUGACAAUUCACACGUACGUAUAGUUCAAUUGGCCGAUCAACCAGUUAUUGACGACUCGACUUUAGCCGAAAUAACCAGUUGGGAAACUAAAUGGGGUCAUACAUAUCGAGUCCGUACACUUGGUUGGCAAAAGUGUAAGUCUAUAAUGACUAACAACACCAUCACCACAAACAACACAACAACAAACAUAGAUAGUAGUAAUGAUUGUUUAGUGAAAUACGAUAAGUAUGGCGUCUGUAAUGGUGAUGAAGGUGGACCAGUGACUAUAGAUAGACCACAACAACUGCCCGGAUAUUGUGUCGAUAGUGAAGGAAAAAAUAAUGAACGACUACUAAUAGGUAUCCUAUCAACUGGACUGUCCUGCAAAUCUGGUCGACCCGAAGUUAUGAUGAGUAUUAACCCAUAUCUACAAUGGAUUAAACAGAAAACCAAUAUAACUGCUGUUAUUAGUAGUAGUAAUAGUAACGAUAAUAAUAAUAAUAAUAAUAAAGACAUUCAGCCGGUAAAAAUCAUAAGUGAUGAUCCGACUUGGAGGGAUCCCAACAAAACUAGUCAUUUCCCGUUUGGUUUGGGUUAUACGGCAUCGUUGAUAGACAACCAAUUGAAACAACACUUAUGUAGCGGUAGUAUCAUUGGUACGAAUUGGAUACUAACGGCUGCCAGUUGUCUACAAAAUCGUACAGUUUCAAGCAUUUUUGUUGGUGUCGGUAGAAAUGAUUAUAAAUUCAAUGAUAGCUACUAUGCUGUCGACAAAAUUAUUAUACACGACAAGUACUCGUCUGAGACUAAACAAAACAAUAUAGCACUGGUUAGGGUUGAGCCCUAUAUUCGUAACAGUGAUUUGGUUGGUAUAAUACGAUUGGCUGAUGAAAAGCAAUUAGUUGUCGAUGAGGGAUAUCCGGCCCAAAUAGGCGGUUGGGGAUCGAAAACUGUUUGGUGGUUUCUACAUACACUCAAUGUAAAGAUAUUUGGUUGGCAACAGUGUAAAUCUAUUAUAGCAAACAAUAUCAUGACUACCAACGCCAACACAACAACAACAACAAUCAUCGACAGUAGUAAUGUUUGUUUGGUGGCCGAUAAAGGAAAGGGAGCCUGUAAUGACGAUGAGGGCGGACCUGUUAUUAUGACAUUAAGUACGAAACCAAAAGAUGAACCCAAAGAUAACAGAUUUUUUGGCCCUUUGAUAGUAUAUUCAGAAUAUAAGGUAUUAAUGGGUGUCCUAUCUAGCGAUCUGUCCUGUGGUCAGUCCGGUCGACCCGAUAUUGUUACCAAUGUUGCCGCUCAUCGCCAAUGGAUUAGAGAGAAAACUGGAAUCUAAUUAAACUUUAUUUUUUACUGAAUAAGUGUUUAAAUUAAAUAUUUUGAAAAAUUUGAAACAAUAAUAUUUUAUUUUAAUAAAUGGUUAUAAUAUAA